CUCAGAUAGAACAAAGAUAAAUACUUGAUAUCUGUGGGGCAGAAGUGAGCUUCACACAUCACUCAACCACCAACUGUGCUGAUCUUCUCAAGGAAUAUUUUACAUCUACAGUAUUUGUGCAAAAUCCAAACUUUCUACUGAGUUUUAACUGGACUUCAGCAUGGAAUGGAUGUCUUAACGAGGCUAUCGGACAAUUCUAGAGGAAGUUCAGGAGAGAGAGUUAUAAGUGAAACAAUUACAUCGACCAGACUCACAUCAUUACCACCAAAGGGUUUCAGUGGAUCAAGCAGUAAGAGCAUGAGUAGCAGCACUUGGGGAAGCAGCUUUGAGAAGAAUAUUUUAAAUCAAAACAGCAGCACCUCCUACCUCCCUUCUUCCUCACUGAGUGUGAAUGCAGGAGGUUCAGGGUUAGACUACGCCCUGUUCCUGGGAGAUGACUCCAUUGGGAAGAGCAGAAGUGGAGGAGGACGUGCAGACAGUGCAGGAUUUGAAAGUCUAUACGGGAGAGACUCUGGGUUGAGGAGCAGGUCCAGUUCCUCAGGGGGUGUGAGAAAGACACAAGAUUCGUCUUCCUCCAUUACUCACUCUCCCAUGUUUUUGGAGAGAAAAACUACAAUCAGUCACUCAGGAGGCUAUGAUGGAAGUUCAAGCGCCAAUUCAUCACCAGAGCUCACAAGGAAGGACUAUGGCGCGACCAGAGGAAGGUCCCAAACCAGAGAGAGUGAAAUCAGGGUUAGAUUACAGAGUGCAUCUCCAUCAACCAAAUGGACAGAGUUAGAUGAUGUGAAGAAACUGGUAAAGAGUGGACGUUCAUCAAGUGUCAGUCCCACCCGCUCCACAGCCUCCUCCACCCUACCUGUCCCUCGCAAAGCUAAAGUCGAGGCCAAAGUCGUCAAACAAGGCACUCAGACUGCUUCGGGGCAGUAUGACACCACUAUUCUGGAAUCAGCACUUCCAUCGUAUACAUGGACCAGCUCCACACUCCCCUCUAAUGCCUCCAGCACUACUGCUUUUGCUUAUCAAGGCAGCGCCAAUAACAUGUCACCGGGAUCUUCUCUUUUAAACACCACUUCACCUUCCUCACUGUCAGUGUAUGGCUUCCAGAAUAAUCUUGCCACUCCUUCUAGUACACUGCUCACAUCAAAUACAAUCAACACACAUUCAGGAUACGGUGUACAGAAAAACAUUUCUCAAAACACCGGAAGCGCUGGUCUUGUUAGUACAGGAGUCACUGCUUCUACAGGCACAACUACACGCUCUGUUAAUGAUGAUAUGCCAAAAAAAUAUAUUAUUCUUGAGAAGGAGAAUAUUCCUUCCAAAAAGGACACAGAAGUGCUCAUUUUGUCAAAAGACAGCGGAAAGCAGUUCUCCAGCAGCCAAACAUACAGAAAAGGAGGGUCAGUUUCAGAUGUCUCACUGAAGAAGGAAACUUUGGCAAGCAGCUACACUGAGACAGUUCCAGUCAAAUUAAGUUCAGGCUCUUACUAUGGAUCUUCAUCAACCCCUACCAAAGACAAGGCUACAUAUGCAGAGAUCUAUAAGGGAAAGAAUUAUGAAAAAGAAGGCAGCGGUUGCUUUGGCUGUGGUCCGAGCUGCUGCUCCUGGUGGAAGUGGCUGCUUGGACUGCUGCUUAGUCUGCUGCUGCUUCUUGGCCUUCUUUUUGGACUCAUUGCUCUUGCUGAGGAAGUGAAGAAGCUAAAAGGGCGUGUGGAUGAACUUCAGUCCCUGGUUCAAGGCAACAGCGCUCGGACUAGUCGACUGACUGGAAAUAACGUUUACGCUCAAAGGGGAGCAUCAUACAUGGAAGGCGAUUCUGAGAACACACUAAACCAGGGAGCUGCUACUUUUUCAAACCCUGAGGACCUGAAGAGAACAAUACAGAGCCUCCUGCAAAAAGAGAUGCAGUCUGAGACAUUCCGAGCCAGUCUUGCUUCCUCACUUAAAGGAGAAAGAGGACUACCAGGGCUUAAAGGUGACACUGGAUCUCCAGGACCCAAAGGGGACAAUGGUUUCCCAGGGAUACCAGGUCCCCCUGGAACAGUUGGUCACCCGGGACCUGAAGGACCAAAAGGACAAAAAGGAAGUGCAGGCGAGCAUGGCGCAGAGGGGGCACCAGGACUCAGGGGCCGAGACGGGUCACCAGGGCCGCGGGGAGAGACAGGUCCUGCAGGCUUUGGAGAAAAGGGUGAAAGAGGCUCUCCAGGAGAACCAGGAACUCGUGGCCCUCCUGGUCCAUCUGGUCCACCGGGUCCAAAAGGUUCUGCAGGAGUUAACGGGCUUUCAGGUGCACCAGGUGAACCUGGUCCACAAGGUUUCAGAGGAGAAGCAGGCCCUGCAGGACCUAAAGGGGACAGAGGACUUCCUGGGCCACAAGGAAUUAAGGGUGACCAUGGUGAGAAGGGAGAUCAUGGUGUACCAGGUUUUCCAGGGCCUCCAGGAAAAGCAGGACUCAAUGGAGAGAAAGGAACCAAAGGAUCAACAGGGGCUUCAGGUGCAGAUGGUGAAAAAGGCCAAAGAGGUGACCAAGGUCCAAUCGGGAUGCCAGGAAUCAGAGGCCCAGCUGGACCACCCGGGGAUAUUGGCCCUCAAGGAUCUCCAGGGCUCCAGGGACCCCCAGGCAUUGCAGGACUUCCUGGACAACCUGGAGUUAAAGGUGACAACGGUGAACCUGGCAGAGUUAUCAAUGCAGCAGGCUCCAGCUCUGUUUCAAUUCCUGGACCACCAGGUCCACCCGGACCUGCUGGACCUGCUGGACCUCCAGGACUAUCUGGCCCUGUUGGUCCUGCUGGAAUUCCUGGCCAACCAGGUGCUAAAGGUGAAAAGGGUGAUCAGGGAGAGGAAGGGAUCACAGUGGAAAGAUCAUCUAAAAAAGAAUCCUUUAGUUCUAUGGAUACUAAUCAAGUUAUUCAAGGGCCACCUGGACCACCUGGUCCCCCAGGGCCUCCUGGAGCUCCAGGAUAUGGCACACCUGGCCAAAGAGGAGAGAAAGGAGAGAGGGGAGAGCCGGGGAGCUUUGUGCCCAACUCAGGAACAUUUUUUGCCGGACCACCAGGACCACCUGGACCCGCAGGUCCUAAAGGAGAGACAGGAUCACAAGGACCUAGAGGAUACCAAGGAGAUCCAGGUCAGCCUGGUCUACCUGGAAGACCAGGAGGAUCAGGGGAAACUAGACUCGCUGCGUAUAAUGGAGCUCAAGGUCCCCCUGGGCCACCUGGACCUCCAGGGCCACAAGGUCAACAAGGGGCUAAAGGGGACAGUGGCAUUCCGGGUGCUCCAGGGAUCCCAGGGACAGCUAGAGGUUCAGGUUCAGUUGGGUCUCCAGGACAGCCUGGACCCCCAGGACCUCCUGGACCACCUGGCACUCCUGGACACUCCGGAUCUACAACUGACUAUCGCCGCUUCAUUAUUGACUACAUGCAGAGUGACAGCAUGAGGCAGCAUUUAUCUGGUUUCCAAGGGCCUCCUGGUCCUCCUGGGGCCUCAGUAUCUGUUGAAGAGGUGGCAUCUCGAGUUAUUGCAUACAUUCAGCACUCUGGAUUAAGUGGCUCCCCUGGUCCUCAAGGUCCUCCUGGCCCUGCUGGCUCCGUAUCUGUUAGUGAUAUCAUUGCUCUAUUACAAAGAGACGAUGUGAGGCGGUAUGUAAUUGGCCCUCCAGGUCCACCUGGCCCUUCAGGAAGUGUAAAUAUGGCCAACUUUGACACGCAGGAAGUGGCAAACUAUGUUCUGAGAAUAAUGAAUGACCGAGGGUUGAUAAGUAGAACUGGACCUCCUGGACCGCCUGGUCCUCCUGGUCAUCCUGGCUCACCUGGACAGCCAGGCGCUACCUACAGUGACAUUACUGCUUUAAUUGAGAGGUCAGGAUUUAGUGGAGGUCUUCAAGGUCCUCCUGGACCUCCAGGAAGACAGGGACCACCUGGUCCAGUUGGUCCCCCAGGAGCCCCAGGCUCUUCAAGCUCAGGAUACCGACUUGAAGAAGUCCAAGCUUACAUACAAAAUUCUGGUUUACGGGGUCCUCCAGGGCCACCCGGCCCUCCAGGGCCUCCGGGACUGGCAGGGGACUCUAGAACACUUGCAUCCCAUGACCGAGCCAGUCAGAGAGCAUACAUUCGUGCUGAGCUGCAGGAUUAUCUCAGUAGUGAUUCAAUGCGGCGGUACAUCUCUGGUCUUCCUGGACCCCCUGGUCCUCCAGGACCCCGUGGUGAAAAAGGGGACCGUGGUGACUCUGGACACAGUGCGGGUAGUGGCUAUUAUUAUGCUACUGACCGUAACGGAGUCAGGUUGGCUGAAACAGAUUACUCCAAUGUUGCUCUGAAAGUCACUGACUACAUCCGGAAUCAGGGUCUACUGCAGGAAAUUAAUGAUAAUUAUUGGAGAUCUCAUUCCACGGGGAUCCAAGGCCCUCCUGGUCCUCCUGGUCCACCUGGCCAUUCUGGAUACAGCCGUGUUUUUGCUACUUAUGGAAAUGUCACUGCAGAUCUCAUGGAUUUCUUCAGACUACACGGUACUAUCCCAGGUCCACCAGGUAGACAAGGGCAUAAAGGAGACAGAGGAUACCCUGGACAAAAGGGUGAAAAAGGGGAGAUGGGAAGACAAGGAAUAGCUGGUGUACAGGGACCAAGAGGUCCGGAAGGGCCGAGAGGACAAAAGGGAGAGAAAGGUGAAAUCCAGAUUGGUCGCCGAAGAAGGAGUCUUGGCGUGUAAAGACUUAGUUCUGUUUUGGUGAUCAAAACUUUUUUUUUUUUGCUUUUCAUUGUGGCUUUCAGGCAUAUAGUGAAGCAAUCUAGAAGAUGAAAGCAUGUGACAUGUAUUUUAGCCAAAAUGUGUUCAGCAGGCCUGAUUUAGUGCAGCUUCUCAAAUACACAAGUUUCAGCAUGGCAUUUAACCGAUAUUAAGCACAUUUUCAGUUUUUUUUAAUACAGAUAAAACAUUGUUUUGUACCUUUUCAUUUUUUGUUUGUUUGAUAUGGAAGUAGUUGUCAACUUUACUAGUCUACACAUUUGAAACUUAAUAUUCAGCACUUUUUGAAUUGUGUAGCCUAAAAUGUUUUUGCACUCCUGAUAAAAUAUAAGAAUGUAAUGUAAUUUGGCAAAACAUGAAAGAGCUAAACUUCAUUGGACUUUGUUUAAAACGUUUUUUAUUCAAAUGUUAAUUAUGAACUUAAUUUGUCUAUUAAAUGUAAUAAAAUGGUCCAAGAUUUAAA